AUGACUCGAUUUAAUAAUAAUCAAUCAAUCAUGAUUGAUAAAUCUUCUUUACCUACCACAAUCACCAACAACACUGUCAACACUUAUAUUGACACUAACAUUGAAACCAACAAUUCUAGCAACUUUCACAUUACUAAUAUUAACACAUUGUCAGAAAUGUUAAUUACACAGUCAGACACCUCCUCCGCCUCUCUCAUUUCUCUCAAUGAGAAUACUAACACAACUAACACCACAAAUACAACUAACACUUCUGCUACUAAUAUAACAAGCACAACAACAAUAGACACUUCAGCUAAAAAAAAAAAUUACAAUGGUAAAUUCUAUAAAAGAAUUUUUUUUCAACAAUUUUCCCAAAACAACAAAUCAACACCUCCAAAAAAAAUCAAUAAAACAAGACUAAUCUUAUUAUCUGAGACAUCUGACGAGUACAAAGGAUUAAAAGAAAAGUUUCAAUAUGAACGUCCGUUAAAAAAUAGUGGCGUUCGUUAUAUAUUAAAAUUGGAAAUGCCUUCUAAGCUAACAAAAUCUCACGAGAGAUACAAAAAAAUAGUUGCAAGAUUAAAUAAUCUAUCAGUUGAUGAAGUUACCAGAAGUGCAUUCCAUGGCACUUUUAGCGCUUAUAAUCCUUUGUGCGAAAGUGGUUGUGGGAUGUGUGGUAUUAUCAGGCAAGGCAAUAAAACUAAAUGUUCAAAACAUAAAUCUUUAUUUUCAAGUAGGAAAAUGUGGUUUGCGACUGAUCCAAAUACUUCACUCUACUUUUGCACCAGUAACAAUUCAUUAAAAGCAAUGUUUGUAGUUGAUGUAAUAUCUAAAAAACCAAAACAUAUUUAUGUUACAAACAAAGAAAAGGCAACAUUACCAAGAUAUUUGAUAUUGUUUGAAUAUAAACACCAAGAUGUUUAUGCUUGA